AAAAAUUUUUUGAUUUCAAAGAAAAAGAAAGUGGCAGGCGGCUUUGUUGGACGCUCCUUAGAAUUUGCUAUAUUUUCAAUUAAAAACCCCACAAAAACCUACCCGAAAUGUGCCGUCAACUGGUCGCCCUAUGCCUGAUCGCCCUGAUGGGUGCAUCCGGUGUCUACGGAAGCUGUAAGGCCACCGUGUCAUCCUUCAGCACCCAAGAUGCCACCAUUCUGACGCAGCUGGCGCACGUUGCCGAGCUCACGCUGCAGUGUAGCAACUCUGCACAGCCCAGCCUUUUCGCCGAGUUCCCCUGCGGCAAGGUUGUUCCCGUGGCCAAGGUUGGCGACAGCAAGUACCAGGUGAGCUGGGUGGAGGACAUCAAGCAAGGUAGCAGCGGCAACGUCCAGGUGCGUCUCUUCGACGAGGAUGGCUAUGCCAACGUACGCAAGGCUCAGCGCGACGGCGACAAGGUCUCGUCGGUCAAGUCCCUGCUGGACAUCACUGUGCCAACCAAGAGCGCCUACAAGGGUCCCUGGAUAAAGGCCGAGCUUCUGGCCGCCUUCCUGGUAGGCGGAGUUGCUUACUUCGCGUUCACCACCAAGAGCAAGGUGCAGGCUUAAGAUUGCGUCUCAUCGGGAUGUAUAUUGCCGACCCAUUGAAUGAAAUUCAUUCACCUAUUUCAAAUAGCAACAAAUAAGCGACUCUCCGAGCAGGAUCCUAGAGAUUUUUCACAUUUUUACCAUUAAGCAUCCAUCGCUGGGUUCAAAAUAAAAAAGAUCAAAAACCGA